AUGCAGUUCUCUCACAUUCUCUUGGCUGGUCUUGCUACCACCGUUUCCACCGUCAUGGCUGCUCACUGCCGGAUCGGAAGCGCUACCCGUGCCGACUGCUGCUGGGGUGGCGAGGAUGGCUACAAGUCCUGCUGGCGCCAAAACAAGGACUCGUCCUUCUGCAAGUCCGACUCAGCCAACUACUGCACCAACGUCGAUGGCCCUAGCGGAGCCAAGAUGUCUACCACUUGUGGUGCUGAUUGCUGCAACACCCUCAACGGCUGGGGAACUGGCUGCCCCAAAUAG